UUAUUAAAACAAAAUUUUUAGCAUGAUUUUUAGGCUCAACCCCUUUAUCAAUUUAGGGUUUUCACUUUUCAUAGUCGAUCGAGCAUUAAUCCAUCACGAUUCCGACCUCUACACUCCACAGCAGUUACAAUCGUCGGUUCCUCAUUAGUCAUUCCCGCACCCGGCGGUAGUCUAGCAGCGCUAGGCUGCAAUCAACGGCACCGCCGGUAGUCCAGCAGCGCGAACACCUCCAAAUCGCCACUCCAGCAGUUCCAGCAGCGCCAGCUGCAAUCGACAGUUCGACACUAGCCAAGAAAUCAUAGAGGAUUUACAUCGAAUUAUCUGUUCAAUGCAAAAUGCGGAUGAAAAACAGAAACAAAAGUUCAGUAAUAUUGCCUCAGAAACUCUCUAACGACUCCAUUCUUCAACAGCCAAAUUCUUAUGAAGGUGAAAGUCUACUCCAUCUUCUUAACUCGAUUCAAAGAGAACUCAAGUUAGCUAGACUUUCAGAUGAAUCUUUACCUCAUAAAAUUUGGCUUAAGCAACAACUUUCAAUUGGUGUCAAUGAUGUGACACGUGUGCUUGAACGGAUGCCACCACUUCAUGGAUCUUUAAGUUCUCCCACAGAAAGUUCUAAUGCUAAAAUGUCUCCCCUUCAUUUGCAGGCCAUACUUAUAGCAACAGACUGCAACCCUCGAUCGCUUACAAAGCACCUACCUAGCCUGGCCUCUUCUAGGGGCGUUUCCGUCAUUUUUGUGAAAGAUAAGAAAGGGGGAUCUUUUAAACUAGGUGAAAUUGUGAAUCUUAAAACGGCUAUGGCAAUUGGAGUCAAGGCCAGAGGAAAUGCAAUUAACAAAGUCAUAGCCGAGAUUUUGGGAGAUAAAGACAUUGUGGGGCCAUAAAAUCGAAGUUCAAGGAGAUGUGUGAUGUGUUCAUAGUCUUGGCAUCAACUUGAAAACAUUUUUGUUAAGAGGGUGUAAUUGAAACAAUCAUGGAACUUCAGGGGCUUGUUUAGUCUAUAUAUAAUUUUAUAUCAAGGACAAUCUAGUAAUUUUAAAUGUUUACAACUGUUUUCAUGCAA